GGUAAGCUGGAUGAAAGAGCCCUCGCUACUAGUUUCGUGGAUCAUUUUGGCUCUCUCUCUCUCCAAGUUUAUGAGUUUCGGAGUUGUUAGAUUCAGCAGCGCUUUUAUUUUUCUGUCACAGAUCUCCAUCUCGAUCCCUAGCAAUCACUCGUGAAGAUCUUCGGAGAAAAAGCAUAUGAAAGCCGGGAAAAGAGCCUUAGCAACAUAAAGCAAACAGAAAAUGGUUGAAAGUUGUGCUCAGCGUAUCAAACGGAUGAGAACAGAGAAACAGCCUCUCAAGCUAUCUAGAGCAGAGAAAACAGAGACAUGGAACAUUGCAGAUGAAGAGGAUAUUUUUAUGGAAAUCAUGUCCCGUGUCGAUGUCAAAUCUAUCUUGUCUUCUAAGGCAGUUAGUAAGAAAUGGCAGAGAUCAAUUAGUAAUAAAUAUUUUCAUAAGUUUCUGUUAGAGAAAUGGGGGAAGAAUCCGUCAUUCAUAGCAUGUCCUAUUAUGGAGGCAGCAAUGAAGUUGUAUUUGAUGGAUGCAAAGAGUGUUGAACGUUGCCUCCUCCACACUAUUGAUCCAUCUCAAAGAAGCCAGAAGAACUUCAUGUACAUGAUCUCAUCCUUUAACGGACUCAUCUGCUGCUUGAAUUUGAUUUCUGUCGAAGACAACGUAGAAAGGAAGUUAUGUGAUCUGCAGAUAUGGAUAUGCAACCCUUGUACGAGGGAGACUCUCCUUCUUCCCCAAGGGAGACCAUCGUGUAACUUUGAGCCAAGUGUCGGAGUGGCUUAUGGCUCCGAGAUCGGUGAGUAUAGAGUUUUCCGUAUAUUCUGCGUUGGAAAGAAAAUUCCUGAAGAAAGGUUAGAUGUUGAGGGAUAUUAUGUUCGAGAAGGUGAAUUCAUUCCAAAAUACCGUUAUGCUUUAGCAUAUGAAUGUGAGGUGUAUUCAUCCAGCAGUGGUUAUUGGAAAAAUAUUGGCCCUGUGCCUUGUUUUCCAAUGCGUGCGGUAGUAAGGCCAUUCAGAACUGGUCAUAUCUUUGUUGGAGGUAAAAUAUAUUGGCUGGCUUCUUUAGCUGAGCCAGGUGAGAUCCUCUCAGUGGAUUGGGAAGGGAGAUUCAAUGUUAUAAACUUGCCCUAUGAAGAUGGUAAAGAGGGAGAAGAAAAUAUCACAGAUGGUACUUUUCUGGUAAAUUUUCAAGGAUCUCUCGCAUUACUUGUUAUACAUACAGGCUACAUGGAUGUAUGGGUUUGGAAAGGUAGUUGGGAACUUGUAUUGUGGGAUAAGAUUCUAAUCGAAGAUGACGAACUGGUUGUAACCGUAACUUCAUUCAAGAACAACAUCAUAUGCGUGACAGGGACACACUGGCAUAUAUAUGAUGUGAAGACAAGAAAGUGGAAGAAGAGAAUCCCUCUUAAUGGAUUUGUGAAUCCUGCCGUGUUUCCAUUCACCAAAAGCAUUCUUCCAUGUGAUGGUGGUGUGAACCUGUUGAAUUGAAGAAGGAAACAGCAAGAGUAUCGAUCUUCAAUGAUGGUAGGCAGGGAAUGUUGAAUUGAAGACGUUAUAUGUUUCUCUCAGUACUGCAACUUGAAUAUUGGUUUGGGAAUUAUGACUUUCUGGUUUGUGUUGGGUUUUAUCUUCCUUUUGAACUUGGUUUAUGAUGUUUCUGUUUUCAAGACUUUUCGUAAUAAGCUGUGUCUGUGAACAGAGUGUUUUUUAAACUAUAUAUUGUGAUAAACAUAAUUAUUAUUCUUCUGCUUUGAUUCU